AUGGUGACAAAUACUGAUCUAGAAUUGGGAGUUGUAGCAGCAGGGGAAUCAUCAACAGAGAAUGCAUUCAAAGACGAAUAUGUUCCCCCCUGGCACAAACAAAUUACGUUGAGGGCAAUGUUCACUGGAUUCAUCCUCAGUGUCCUUUUCAACUUCAUUGUUUGCAAACUCAAUCUCACUACUGGUGUUAUCCCUUCUCUCAAUGUUGCUGCUGGACUUUUGGGAUUCGCUGGAAUCAAAUCAUGGACGGCUCUUACUCAGAAAUUUGGAAUGUUGAAACAGCCUUUUACUAGACAGGAGAAUACCGUCAUACAGACGUGUGUCGUUGCUUCUUCUGGCAUUGCUUUUAGCAGUGGCACAGCAAGUUAUAUGUUGGGAAUGAGUCCAUACAUAGCAUCUCAGGCUGAUGCAGGAAAUUUACCAAUUAAUACUAAGAAUCUUGCUAUUACUUGGAUGCUUCCUUAUCUUCUUGUUGUUAGCUUUGCUGGUUUAUUCUCAAUUGUUGCAUUAAGAAAGAUGAUGAUAAUGAAGUACAAGUUGACGUAUCCAAGUGGAACCGCCACUGCAUACCUGAUCAACUGUUUCCACACUCCUAAAGGAGCAGAGCUCGCCAAGAAACAAGUUGGUUCCUUGUUCAAAUCGUUUGGGUUCAGUUUUAUAUUUGGGGCUGUUCAGUGGAUAUUUGCACGUGCUGAAGGCUGCGGAUUUGCUAGCUUGCAUACAUUUGGUUCCCAAGCAUAUGCCAAAAGGUUAUAUUUUGAUUUCUCAUCCACCUAUGUUGGAGUUGGUAUGCUUUGCCCCUACAUGGUCAACAUAUCAUUGCUAACGGGUGCUAUAGUCUCUUGGGCUUUCAUGUGGCCAAUGAUUGAAGCAAAGAAAGGCGACUGGUACUCAGCCCAUUUAUCUGCAACGAGUCUUCAUGGUAUCCAAGGAUACAGGGUAUUUAUCGCAAUUGCCAUGAUGCUUGGUGAUGGUCUUUUCCAUUUUGCCUACAUGUUGGUGGUCACAAUCUCAAGUUUCACAAAGAGGAAGAGUAGUACCCAGCAAGAUUGUUCAGAAGAAGACGAUGAAGAUGAAAAGAUACGAAACGAAUACUUCUUGAGAGAUCAGAUUCCCAACUGGGCAGCCGCUGGGGGAUACGCUGGUAUUGCAGUCGUAUCUAUCAUUGUGGUACCCAUGAUCUUCCACUCGCUCAAAUGGUAUCAUGUUUUGGUUGCCUAUUUAAUUGCACCUAUUUUGGCCUUCUGCAAUUCUUAUGGAGCCGGCCUCACUGAUUGGUCCCUCGCCUCAAAUUACGGAAAAAUUGCAAUUCUUACAUUUAGUUAUUGGGUUGGUUUGGAGAAUGGUGGAGUGAUUGCUGGACUUGCUUCAUGUGGUUUGGUGAUGAGCAUACUAGACACAGCUUCUGGCUUGAUGGGAGAUUUCAAGACUGGUUACUUAACCCUUACAUCCCCGCGUUCCAUGUUCUUUAGCCAACUCAUUGGAACUGCAAUGGGAUGUGUCAUAACCCCUCUAGUCUUCUGGAUUUUCAACUCUGCCUAUCGAUUAGGUGAGCCAGAAGGUUCAUACCCUGCACCAUAUGCUCUCAUGUAUCGUGGAAUCGCCCUACUUGGCGUCGAAGGUUUUGGAAGUCUACCCAAACAUUGCCUCAACCUCUCUAUUUGCUUCUUUGUCGCUGCUAUUCUCAUCAACCUAGUGACUCAACUGCUGCAGAAAUUUGAGACCAAGUAUAGAAUUUAUCGAUUCAUUCCGAGUCCAAUGUGCAUGGCCAUACCAUUUUACCUUGGAGGCUACUUUGCCAUUGACAUGUGUGUUGGCUCAUUGAUCCUAUUCGGUAUGCAAAUGUAUAACAAGCAGAAGGCUAAAGAUUUUGGACCUGCAGUGGCUUCUGGUCUAAUUUGCGGCGACUCAUUGUGGGGAAUUCCAGCAUCUAUUCUUGCUCUAGCUGGUGUCAAAGCUCCAUUUUGCUUGAAACUUUAG